CAUAUUUUCAAGAUGGCGGCCUCCAUGCGUGUGUUCUUUGCCCUCCGCAUCCCUUUAGGAGGCGCAGUCCCUCUCCGGUCCUUAGGAGGUGCUCUUCAGUCAUCCUCGUCAGUCAGCCGAGUCUCUGCGGGGUCUCUCCAAAGGAACCUUGUAGCCCCAUUGGUCCCGGUGUUGGCAUGUCCACCAAUCAGGCAUGGCAGCUUCUUCAACAAGUUGACGGCGGAGGAGCUGUGGAAAGGCGUGCUGGCGGAGACGGGGUCUGGAGCCAAGAAGGGCCGAGGGAAGAGAACCAAACGCAAGCUGAGGAGGGACCUGAACCGAGGACAGACCAUCGGAGAGGGUCGUGGGGGUUUUCUGUGGCCUGGUCUGAACAGCCCGGUGAUAAAGGCAGGGAUGGUGCAGACCAUGUCCCGCAGAGGAGAGGCUGAACAGCAGGAGAUACAAGCUGAAAUGGUGCGUCAGAGAGACGAAUGGGAAAGGAGGAAGAAGAUGAAGUUCAAGCGGGAGAGAGGAUGGACCGGAAACUCCUGGGGGGGCAUCAGUUUAGGCCCCCCUGACCCUGGACCUAAUGGAGAAACGUACGAGGAAUUUGACUCACGUGUGAUUGAGGUGAAGAGUGUAUUCAACAUGACAGCCAAGGAGGGCAGGAAGAGGUCCAUCAGCUGCCUGGUUGCCGUGGGGAACGGUAAUGGAGCGGCAGGGUUUGCGUUGGGUAAGGCUCCAGACAGAACCACUGCGCUGAGGAAGGCGAAGAACCGAGCCAUGCACUACCUGUUCUACAUCGAACGAUACAACAACCACACCAUUUUUCACAACGUUGAAUCAAAAUUCAAGAGAACGACGCUCCGCAUGCAGAAAAAAAAUGAAGGUUACGGGCUCCACUGCCACCGUGCCGUCAUCACGCUCUGCAAGCUGGUGGGCAUACAGGACAUGUACUGCAAGGUGGAGGGCUCCGUCAACCUCCUCAACAUCACCAGAGCCUUCUUCACUGGGCUGGCAAAGCAGGAGACCCACCAGACACUGGCAGACAGGAAACGGCUUCACGUGGUGGAGUUCCAGUCACAAUGCGGCCCCCUGCCCACUGUGGUGGCGAGCCCAAAAGAAGGGGCCCAGCCCGACCCGGAACCGGUGGACGAGAUCCCCGACACUCGGCUCCACUGGGCCGACGUGCGCGCUGCCCAGGGAACCAAACGCUCGAUCUGGGCGGGCGUGAAGCGCACCAUCUGGUAGAGCAAUUCGACCGCCGGCGCCCUGAGUCAGUCCAGCGGGCCUUUAGGUAUCGGUGUAAUGUGGGAGGGACUGUGUUGGGAACAUGGAGAACUUUUGAGAUGUGUGACAAAUUAAACAAAAUGUAUGCAGAAUAACAAGAAUUGUUAGAAGUUUUAUUCUGAAAUUCUUCAUUUCCUUUUUGACAGUGAUAAAAAUCUUAACAUUCAGUGUAAUGAAUCACGCAGGGGAUGCUGACAGUCAGCGCCCCGACUUCACCGCCCCGCGAUCCUGUGAGAACUGACCCCACCGUUUGUUUUAAGUCUGUACUUUCGCUCUUGUGUUUAUGUCACUUUUUGCAGAAACACAGAAUCUCAUUUCAUGCAGAAUUCUUCACGUACGUCCAGCGCAGGACAAUAACAGUGCUGGUCUUCAGUAGUUCUCCGACAUCCAGUUCCACACAAGUGGAUUAGCUCUUUAUCGUUGUAAGAACACAAUACUGCAUCUUCUCACGGGGCUGCAUUUCAGAACGUAUGUUGUCAAAAUAAAGUAUGAAGU